AUGUCCAACCAGAAUGAAGACCUACGGCCCCUUGUCAUCGGAGUCAACACCACGUUGAUCUUGUUGAGUAUCUUGGCUGUGGGCUGUCGUCUCGGGAGGAAGAUUAAGGUAUUGAACAGCUUCAGCUGGCAUGAUGCCCUCAUCACGUUUGCGGCCCUGUGCGCUAUCAUGUUUUCAAUCAUAUUGAUGGCUUGUACCACCCACGGUGCUGGUCUACAUCAAGAAUUACUAUCUCAAGAAGACUUGACAGCUUUCCUCCAGCUUGUCAUGGUAGCAUUCGUUUUUUACUUUACAUGUAAUUGGUGUGUCAAGCACUCACUGCUGCUUUUCUACUCGGAGCUCACCUUCGAUUUCUGGCCAAGGGUAUGCAUCUACUUUAUGCAUUUCAUCGCCUUCGCUUUCGGAGCUACUUGCGUCUUCACAAGCGUCUUCCAAUGUACGCCAGUGCGCAAGUUCUGGGACCCGUCCACGCCCGGGACAUGUAUCGAUAUGGACGCUUUCAGCUACUUCAACGCCUGCUUCAUGUUGGGCAAUGAUGUCUUCUUAUACGCCAUGCCGAUUGUUUUCACGUGGAAAGUUCAGCUACGUCGGCCCAACCGCUUUGCUGUCAACUUUCUCUUCGCGCUUGGAGGCCUGGUUCUAGCUGCGAGUGCUGCACGUGUCUACUUCACCCACAGACAAGCCGUCAACCCCGAUUUUCCCUUCAAGUUCGCUGCAGCUACGACCUGCGCUGUUGUUGAAAACCACUUGGCUGUUAUCGUCGCGUGCGCACCCAGCAUCAAGGCCGUCACGGUGCACGCUUGCCCCAGUCUGUCAAGUAAGUUCGAGAAGAUGCUCAGCGACAAUGAUCAGAAACACGGAUACAGAGGAUACAAGGGAUAUAAAGGAUAUAAGAGCGGUCCUUCUGAUACCAUAGAUCCGGAGUCUGCCAGCAACAGUGAGAUGCACAAGGACAAUGUCAAACUGUCCGCGGUGCGGCCAACCGCGGCAAGGCUACCCACUGGAUACAGCGGAAAAAGUGAAAAGAGUGAGCGCACAGAGAGAAGUGGAGAGAGUCGCAUGGCCAUGGGCCGAUGGUGGCGAGCGCCAAGCAGUUGGGCUGUUGAUUCUGUUUGA